CAGAGUUGCCCUCCCAACGUGGCCGUAUUUUCUUUCAAUGCGCGCCAAUUUCUCUGGGAAUUCAGAAAUCAUGGGUUCGGCAAACCCGGUUCGGAUCCUCGCCCUUAUUCUCUGGCUUCUCUUCCUCGCGAUUCCAGGUCGGGUCUCCGUUGGCCCCGCCACUGACCGCUCUUUGGUUGUUGGUGAAUCUACUAGGCUGCAGCUAUCAAGCGGUCUGCCAGUGAAAAACUCUCCAGGUUCGAAGCCUGGCACUUCAGUGGUCUGUGAAAGAGUUCGUAUCAGUGGAUUGUCAAGGCUUCAAAAUUUGAAAAAAAUUGCCCACUCAGCAAAGGUGAAUGUAUCACAAAAAGAUCCAAGCAUUCGUAUACCGAAUCCUGAGAUUUGUUUCCAUAGUAAUACAUCUCUAAGGACAGGGAUGUGCCCUCUAGGCCAGUGGGAGAAAGUUACCAAGGGUUCUUGGGUUCGGUCCAUGUCACCUUUUGACAACAGGAUCUUAGACUUAAGGACUACUGGUUCAUCCUUAGAAAACUUUAUGGUGUCCAUUGAAGAAGAAUUUUUCUUAUAUCGCGUAAUAUGUUUAAUCCUGGGCAUAGUUUUGAUGAGCGUCGCUUCCUUUCUAAGCAAGUCAUUAGUGUUUUAUUAUGGAAGUGCAAUCUUAAUCGGAGUCAUCCUUGUAAUAUUGAUGAUACUUUUUCAGGGGAUGAAGCUUCUGCCGACUGGUCGAAAGAACUCACUCGCAAUUUUUAUAUACGCAUCUGCUGUUGGGUUGGGAUCUUUUUUCCUCCGCUACUUACCUGGAUUGUGCCGUGCGAUACUUACGGAGAUUGGAAUCAAUGAAGACUUGUACUAUCCUUUGGCAAUAUUUCUGCUGGCUUUUGUUGCUCUUACUGGGGCAUGGAUGGGCUUCUGGGUAGUCCGCAAGCUCGUCCUGACAGAAGAGGGAUCAGUUGAUAUAAGCACAUCUCACUUUGUUGCAUGGUCCAUCCGUCUUUUGGCUGCUGUUAUGAUUCUUCAGAGUUCUGCAGAUCCUCUUCUGGCAGCAGAAGCUUUAAUAUCUGGAAUACUGGUCUCGUCUCUAUUGAGGAGAAUCUGUAGAUUGAGAUUCCUUCGUCACCUGUACAAGUAUGAUUUUACAAUUCCGGAGCUUAACGAUUACCUCCCAUCAUCAGGAUUUCAGGAUCUGCUUCCAUUUCAUCCAUUAAGGAAUAUGCUAAAAUCUCCAAAAAAGAAACGCAAAAGGUCUCGGAUGCCUGAUUCUUCACCUUUUGGAGAUUCACAUGAUGAAAUUAUAUACAAGGUUCAGAGUGAUGAUGACUCCAAGUUCUUUACGCCUGGAACCAAAAAUUUCACCUUGGCUCCAUGCAAUUCUGCUGAUCGAGGUUUUACCAGGACAGCACCUCGUCAGCUGUCAGAUUCAGGGUCAUACCCUUCUACGUUCCAUGCUACACCUGAAAGGAGAAAAUUUUCGAAGUCCGAGUGGGAAACGUUCACAAGAGACUCCACGGAGAAAGCCUUGGAAGAACUUGUUUCUUCACCAGAUUUCAGCAAAUGGGUUGUUGGUAAUGCAGAAAGAAUCACUGUCAAUCCCAGCAAAGGUAGAGCUGAUCAGCGUCGGAAGUGGCUCUUCUGGUCUUAAGCAGCUGUCAUGUUCCUUGCGAAGGCAGUACAUGCAUAUGAGAUGCUACGAAGUUCGGAGUAUGGAAUGAACAAAAUCCAAAGUUCCAUCACAAUCUUGUAACAUUAUUUGGUGCAUAGUUUGGCUUCCUAUUUAGAUAGGAUCAAUUGAGCAUCAUGAUAUAUAUUUACCCUAGUAGACUGAUUUUUUCACACA